GUUGAGAAGGAAAUAUACAGUUUAGACUCUUUGAAGUAUGAUUUUAGUACUAUUAAAGUCGCCACAGACAACUUUUCUAAAAAAAAUAUGCUGGGACACGGUGGGUUCGGUGCAGUAUACAAGGGUAUACUUUCUAGUGGACAAGAAAUAGCUGUAAAAAGAUUAUCAAUAGAUUCAGAACAAGGUGAUCAAGAAUUCAAGAAUGAGGUUUUGUUGGUUGCUAGGCUUCAACAUCGGAAUUUGGUAAGGCUUUUAGGUUUUUGUUUGGAAGGAAAUGAAAGGAUCCUUAUCUAUGAGUUUGUUCCCAACAGUAGCCUUGAUCACUUCAUAUUUGAUCCAAUUAGGCGAACCCAUUUGGAUUGGACAGUUCGCUAUAGAAUCAUAGAAGGCAUUGCUCGAGGGCUUCUUUACCUUCAUGAAGAUUCUCGUCUCCGAAUAAUUCAUCGCGAUCUCAAAGCUAGCAACAUCUUGCUAGAUGCAGAAAUGGGUCCUAAAAUUGCAGACUUUGGUAUGGCAAGAUUAUUUUCUCUAGACCAAACUCAAGAUGACACAAGUAGAAUUGUAGGAACCUAUGGAUACAUGGCUCCUGAAUAUGUUUUGAAAGGAAACUUCUCUAUUAAGUCUGAUGUCUUUAGUUUUGGCGUCUUGGUUCUUGAGAUUAUAAGUGGUCAAAAAAAUAGUUGUUUUCGUAUCGCAGAGGAGGAAGAAGAUCUUUUAAGCUAUGCAUGGAGAAAUUGGAGAGAAGAAACAAUUUUAGAUCUUGUGGAUACCACGUUGAUGCCAACAAUUGGGUCAAGAAGUGAAUUGAUAAAAUGCAUACACAUCGGUUUGUUGUGCGUCCAAGAAAAUAUAAACGAGAGGCCAACCAUGGCCUCAGUUGUUUUGAUGCUUAAUAGCAACUCUCUCUCUCUCCCGGCACCUUCAAAACCUGCAUUUUUUAUUCACAGUACUAUUAUAUCUAACGUACAACCUUCAAGGUUAUUAUCUGUAAAUGAGGUCUCAACCACAGACCUAAGUGCUCGGUAA